GUAUCCGUUACAGCACUGAUGUUUCUGUGGAUGAGGUGAAAGCCCUGGCCUCCUUGAUGACCUACAAGUGUGCUGUCGUUGAUGUGCCAUUUGGAGGUGCCAAAGCUGGAGUGAAGAUCAAUCCCAGAAACUACUCUGAUAACGAGCUGGAGAAGAUAACCAGGAGGUUCACCAUCGAACUGGCCAAAAAGGGAUUCAUUGGGCCUGGCAUCGACGUCCCGGCGCCAGACAUGAGCACCGGAGAGAGGGAAAUGUCCUGGAUCGCCGACACUUAUGCCAACACCAUCGCACACACUGACAUCAACGCCCACGCGUGUGUGACGGGGAAACCCGUCAGCCAGGGAGGAAUCCACGGCCGCAUCUCGGCUACCGGCCGUGGAGUUUUCCACGGCAUUGAGAACUUCAUCAACGAGGCCUCCUACAUGAGCAUGCUGGGCCUGACGCCUGGCUUCCAGGACAAGACCUUCAUCAUCCAGGGCUUUGGUAAUGUGGGUCUCCACUCCAUGAGGUACCUGCACCGGUUCGGUGCCAAGUGUGUGGGCGUUGGUGAGAUUGACGGAGCCAUCUACAACCCGGAUGGCAUUGACCCCAAACAACUGGAGGACUACAAACUGCAACAUGGCACCAUCGUGGGCUUCCCAGGAGCCAAGCCCUACGAAGGGAGCAUUUUGGAGGCUGACUGCCACAUCCUGAUUCCUGCUGCUGGGGAAAAGCAGCUCACACGCAACAACGCCCGCAGGAUCAAGGCUAAGAUCAUUGCUGAGGGUGCCAAUGGACCCACCACCCCAGAGGCAGACAAGAUCUUCCUGGAGAACAGCGUCAUGGUUAUUCCUGACAUGUACCUGAAUGCUGGUGGUGUGACCGUAUCGUAUUUCGAGUGGCUGAAGAAUCUCAAUCAUGUCAGUUAUGGCAGACUGACCUUCAAGUACGAGAGAGACUCCAACUACCACCUUCUCAUGUCUGUGCAGGAGAGUUUAGAGAGGAAGUUUGGAAAGCAGGGAGGACCCAUCCCCAUCGUCCCUACUGCUGAUUUCCAGGCCAGAAUUGCUGGCGCCUCAGAGAAGGACAUCGUUCACUCUGGGCUGGCCUACACGAUGGAGCGAUCUGCCCGGCAAAUCAUGCGCACAGCCAGCAAGUACAACCUGGGUCUGGACCUGCGGACGGCCGCCUACGUCAACGCCAUCGAGAAGGUCUUCAAGGUCUACAACGAAGCUGGGCUCACCUUCACAUAAACGGCUCCUCCUGAACGUGCACUGUUCUCCUCUUCCUCCGCUCUUCCUGCCAUUCCCUCUCUCCAGCUUCCCUCUACCUCCUCAAACAGCCUUCUGAACAUAUCACCGUUUACCACACAUGCAUCCACAGCCGCGCGUUUUCCCCUGCGAUAUUUGUGCAGCCGUAGAGAAGCCGCCCUGUUCUUGUUCCCGCCUGAAUUUAACCUGAGUUGGAGCGGAGAUCUGUGUUUGUAAAGAAGCGAAGGACUCUGUCGCUCCUUCCGCAGUCAGAUUAACGUUAAUGUUUUCUUUUGGCAGCCAUAUUUUCUUUUGGCAGCCAUAUUCACGGCGUACAUGUCGUAGUUGCUGGAUGCACGUGUGACCUGCGUGUUGCAGCCGUUUCUGUUGACAGCACUGCUGAUGCCUUAUUUCAGAAAGACGUCAGACCUUAAAAGGGAACUGACCACUCUAGACUAAUGUUGAUUAAAAGGGAUUUAGGUUUAACUCCAUUAGCAAGAUUAGUCAUUUUAAUCUUUCUGAUGAAAAGAUUAGGGAUAAGGUUUCUAAAUUUUAGGAAAUUUUUAUUUCAUAAGUGUUUUUACUGUCCUCUUCUUGAUUCUUAUGCUUUCUCUGUUGCUUUAGCUUAAGUGCAGCUUCCCUCGACUCCUCCGCCGGCCGCUAAGGAGGAGCGGAGGUGGGCGAGCAGUCACUGUGACCGCCCUGUUAGAGUUCUCCUCAGUUUAACCGUCCUGUUCUGCUGCAACGAAAAGAAUUUUGGAGGAAAUUACUUUUUAUUUUUAUUGCAUUCAGUUUUUUUUUUGGAAAACAAAUAAAAUGUUCAUAAAAAGUC